AUGGUGGUGACAGAUGUGGAGUUAGGGACAGGCCGGGCCAUUGGCCGGGACUGUGGCGGCGCCGCGCCCGCGCGGCUUUCCGUGACUGGCGGUCUGCGCUCCUCAGUCCACAGCGUGAGCUCGUGCGCGGCGGCGGCCGGCCUGCAGUGGGCAGAGGCGGCGGACGUGGGCGGCCUCCGACACGGGACGGAGCCGGCCGAGGAGAGUGGGAGCGCGGAGGGGACCAGCGGCCUCGCCCCGCCGCCGGGUGAGGACUCAGCCCGGGCACCGGGGCUGCGCUCACGGCUCCCCACGCGGUCGCAGUGCGCGCCCGGGGGCCGGGAGCCCCGGCUGGUCCUUUCCCUUGCUGAGUUCUUCUGGCCGUGCAUCCUGUUCAUGAUUCUGAUAGUACUUCGUUUUCAAGAGCCUCCCAGACACAGAGACAACUGUUACUUGCAGCCCCGUGAUCUGCCCAGUCAGGGAGUUUUCCCCUUUGUCCAGGGCCUUCUUUGCAACACUGGGUCGAGGUGCAGGAACAUCAGCUAUGCAGAGUCAACAGAGCACCACUUCCGUUCGUCUAGGUUCCAGAGCACAGCUGGCCGUCACAAGAAGAUCAGUGACCUGGUCUUCUUCCAAGAGAUGCAGGACCUUGCUGAGGAAAUUUAUGAGAUGAUGGACAAGGCAACAAACUUACAAAAACUUUGGGUAGAAAGAUCCAAGACUCCAGAUUCUUCUUAUGGUUCUGGCUUUUUAACAAUGGAUCUCAAUAAGACCGAGGAGGUGAUAUCGAAAUUGGAAAGCCUUCAGCAGCAGCCCCACAUCUGGGAUUUUCUGCUUUUACUGCCCGGGCUAGCCACAAACAGUGUCCACAGCGCUGACGGCAUCGGUGGUGGAGUCAACCUUCUCCAGGCCGUCUCCAGGAUAUUUCACAUGCCUGAAAAUGCACAGUUGUCCCUGGAACAAGCACACUACUGGGACGUGCUCAAGGGACUCAUCAGGAAGACUUGUGAGGUGGCUCGAUAUGUGACUAUGCCAGGCGGCUUCCAGAACGGCCCACCUGCUUUCUCAGAGGAAUCUCCUUGUUAUAAAGAAAACAUAGAUUGGAAAAUCAUCAGUGAUAAUUAUUUUGCAUUUUUGAAAAACUUCCUCAAGUCUCCAGUAGCUUCCAUAUCCAGGCUCUUAAAUUCCAUGAAGGAACUUCUCAUGAUGGAAAAGAAGUGGCAUACCCUAGAGGAUGAGCACGUGGGCUUUCUUUUAUCAUUUGUGGAAUUUUUGCAGAAACUGUUAUUGCCUGAGUCUUCCCACUCAUCUGGUGUUCCCCAGUUCCGUAACCCCCCAUCUCUCACUGAGGCUAGUGUCAAUACAAGGCCACUAUGGGUAAAUCAUUUAAAAAGUUUAGAAGGAGAGCCAUCUGGUAGUGAUACUCAGAAAUUUUUGGAACUUGGCAAAGAGAUGAUUGAAAAAAUACAAACGCUUGAAAGGAAGGAAUCAAGAUAUAUUUUGAGAUUUAUGGAAUUAUUACUUUUGGAGAUCAAUCCCCAGCUACUGGAAUUGUGGAUGGAUGACAUUUCAAAAGGAGAAAGACCUAAAGCGGAAACCUCGUCUAUACUUUUAAAUUUUUCUGUGCCAGAAAAUGAGAGGAUUCUUAGUAAAAGCUUUAACUUUUCCCAGUUGUUCCAUUCAGAUUGGCCUAAAUCGCCAGCUGUGGAACUAGAUUUUGUUCAUUUAAGUGAAACUAUAAUAAAUAGUCUCUAUGAAUUUGGAUUUCUGAGGCGGCAUCAAGUCUCCGAGGCCUUGGACGCAGUGUAUGCUGUAAGGAAUGUAUCCGCUCAUUUCUUAACCCUUUCCGAACCUCAGAAACAAGAGGUUGAUAAGGUUUUGACUCAUGUGUCUCUAAAUGUCUUCAAGGACAAAGAUGCAGCUCUGCUUCUGCAGAUUUCUUCUUCAUUUUACCAACAUAUUUAUAAAUUCUUGAGCAUUCGUAACACAGAAGCUCUGCUAUCUGUCCUUACACAAAUCUCAAAACACAUUUUGGAUAUCAUAAAGCAAUUUAACUUCCAAAGCAUCAGUAAAGCAUUUACAUUUUUAUAUGAGGCAACAGAAGUUCUUGGGGGAAUUUCUGAAGUAUCUUAUUGUCAACAAUUGCUUUCAGCUUUUAACUUGUUGGAGCUUCGGGCCCAAUCCUUGAUGUCUGCAGAGGGCCACGAAUUGGAAGUGAUCCCUGCCACUCUCACAGGCCUCAAACGGCUGUUCACAGUGGACGAAGAGGUUCGUGUUUCUCUGUUUCAGUAUAUGAACUACCUCUUCAAUGGUUCAGCAGAAGCGCUGUUGGGUAAUGAAUGCUUUGCUGUGAAUAAUAAAAGCAUUUCUUCUGUGAAUUAUUCAAUAGGUGGGGGGUCUCCAUUUAGUCUUCCGUGGACACAAAUUCUUUCAAACCUCUCUGCAAAUGGCGGUGCGUUCAACGAGUUUAUGGCUGUCCACUGUACCGUUUCAUGGCUUCAAAUGUGGACUGAAAUCUGGGGAAGCAUAGCUCAGAUAUUGAAGGUGGAUGUGAACGUUUUCAGUCCUCUUCAAGUUGGUCUCACUCAGCUUUUGGAUGAGCUGGAAAGCAAUGUGAACAUUUCUAAAACCUGCCAAGGAAUAUUUCCCACCCAUCGCCCUGCUACACUCUUAUUACAUCUAUUUGAAAAUGUGACUCAAGCAGACGGCUUCCACAACCCGGACGAUUUGCUGACUCUCAGGGAUCUCUGGGUAGCGUUAGGUGAUGCAUUCGUUAGAGUAAAGUCGCUCAACCUGGGCCAAGUAGAGAAGUCCCUUUUCACCAUGGAGGCUACCCUGAGUCAGCUGAAGGCAUUUCCAUUUAACGCAAGUGCAAGCAGAGAAGGUUUCUAUCCUCUGCUUGACGUUUUCAUUGAGCUAAGCAAUACCUCAGAGUAUGUAGGUAGAAACGUACAUUUAAUAAACCACUUUCUUUCAAACAACGCCACAAAUUAUGGAGCAAAGUUGGAAAGUAUCAUCACCAACCUAAGAGAAACAGUAUUAUUUCUUAGAAACGUGUCCCAUGACCAAGAUUUGUUGUCCUGUGCUGAUAUUUUCCAAAAUGUUACUGAGUUUAUUUUGGAAGAUGGAUUAUUAUAUCUAAAUACUUCACAGAGGACAUUACACAUCCUGGCCAUGUUAAAUUCCACAUUUUCCUCCGAGGACACAAUUAGCCGACUGAAAGGGUGCAUUGAGUGGGUGGACAUCAUAAACCAUCUGCGCGUGACCUAUCAUCACCCCAGUUCUUCACAAGGCCAUCUGCAGGGUGCUCUGAGGAGUUUCAGAGAUGUGGGAAACAAAAUGAACUCUACACUGAAGCUUGUGAAGCUUAUGAUGGAAUCUGGUUGUUCAUUGAAUAAGUCAAAUAUCAAUUGUGUGAAUACUUACUUGGAAAAUGUAACUGACUUUCUAAAUGUUAUACUUACUGCAGUCUUUGAAAAAGAAAAGGUACCCAAAUUUGAGAUUUUAUUAAGUCUUUUAAAUGAUUCCACUGAUCAAAUAAGGAUGAUUAUCCACAACUUAACAAGAGACUUUGAAUUUGCAUCUCAAUCCAACUGGAAACAUUUUACUGAAUCGAUUCUAAGACCCACAGACAUGUCCAAUGAAAUUCCUAGCCAAUUUCAAAAUAUUUGGCUGCAUUUAGUAGCUCUGGGGAAGGAAAUUCAAAAACUUGCAAAAGAUAUUUUCCCUAACGUUUUGGAAAAUAACUCUUCUUCUGAAAUGGAAAAGUUUUUUAAUGUAUUUGCUACCAGUCCGAAGGAAAAGGAUAUAAAGAGUUUAGGCAAUUCAUUUUUCCACUUAGCUAGUUACCUUGCCUUCAACUUAUCUCAUGAUCUGCAAAAUUCAGCUCAGAUAAUUCCACAUGAAGUAAUGCAAGCAGUGGGUCUUGGGAUUCAGUUAAUUAGCGAUGUGUUCAGCUCUCUAGUGCCCUCAGUGCAUCACAGCAGUCCAGAAGGUCCGGGGAACAGUCAAUCCUUAAAGAAGGUAACCUCUCUCCUGCGUGCUCUCAGGAAGACAAACACAGACCUGCUGGUAGACCAGCUUGAGCAGAUUGGUGAAGGCCUAGUGGAUUUCUUUAAGAAUGUCAGCAGAGUUGGUACUGGCCAUCUGGGGGUCAACAUGCUUGUUGGCUUGGUGGAGAAAGUUGUAGACAGCUCACGUUCCUGGGACGUUGCUCAUCUGCUGAGGCUGUCUCGCCUGUUUCCCAGAGAUGACGUGAACACUGUGGUGGAUGCCUCCUAUGCCCUUCCUCACGUUGCGAGGCUCCUGCACAGAAUAGUUGACAAAAACAUCACGGAAGCCCUCAAGGAUGUGUACGACUUCACACUCCUUCAUGGCAUGAGCAUUUCUAAUGUCACCAGGGAAGACUUCGCUGUUGUAAUAAAAACUCUUCUAGACACCGUUGAAUUAAUAACAGAUAAACCAGGUGUUCUCGCAGAGGCUUUAACUUGCCUUCCUGUGCUUUGGUGCCGGAAUCACACGACUCCUGGAUUUCAGCAGAAUCCAAAGUUAGAAGCCUGUCAUGGCCAUGAGCUCAUGUCUUCUUCCUUUUAUAGCAAAGUGGCCAGUAUGCUUGACCACCUCCACCUGUCUCCCCCAGGUGACGUUUCACAGUGUUCAAAUGAAAGCUCGCAGAUGGAAAUAACUAGGAAAAUGGUCUGUUUAAUUCAUGAACUGGGAGACUGGAACUCCAUUCUUCUAGAGCUGUCUGAAGCCUUCCAUGUUAAAAGUUCGCUUGUGAACACUAUGCAAGAAUUUUGGCAAAAGGUGUUACCAUUUGUCCCAUCUUCUGGAAAUCAACGCAAUGGCAGCAUGUCUGGGCUUUGUUCCACUGGUCCUGUAAAGCAAGUUGCUUUGCAGAUCCUAGAAAAAUUAAAAAAUGUUAACUUUACAAAUAUUACGUCACAUGAAAACAUUCUUCAUAAACUAGCUAGUUUAAACAAGAUCCUUAAUCUCAAUGAAGGCACAGAGGAAUUUGGUGGAAAUGUUUCCUUAAAUUUGGAAAGGAUAAUAAAAUCGCUUUUUGGGGAUCAGAGCCUAGAAAAUAGUGCUUAUUCUUUAGCCUCUCCAUUCAUGGCGUUUCUGAAUGCAACCCUUGCAGGUAGUAAUUUAGAAGUAUUAUCAGGUUUUAUUAAAAAAAGCGAAGCAACUUACAACUUCGAAGAAUUAUGGCUUGAGUUUCAACAAACCGUGAAAGAUCUAAAUCAUGACUUAAAUAUCAGACAACUGUUCUCUGAAAUUAACAAAGACAUUCAAAUUAUUAAUUCAGUGGCCCUUCAAAACAUAACUUUUCAACUUGCCCAUCUUUUGGAAAGCCUGAAUUCAUCAUCUUUGCAGGCAUUAGAAAUUACCGAAGAUUUUCUAUCGGUCACAAAAAACUGGCUUCAUAAAUAUACAAAUGAAGAAUACUCAAGAAUGAUACAAACAUCAUUUCUUCUUAUGGCCAACAAGAGUUCAGCUGAUGAUCUAGCCUUGUUGACUGAAGAUAUCACUACCUAUAUGGGCUAUCUCAAAAACAUUUCUAGAGAAGUUAAGUUUGAUGAUGCUCUUCUUACUCAGCUGGUAAACCAAGAGCAGCUAGCUGACUUCUCAGUUGUUCGGUUGCUUUUAGGAAGCUUCCUAAUUCAUUCAGCCAAUAACUUAGCUGGGAGUUCUCAAGAAGCAGCCUGGAAUUUAAGUGAUGCUGACCUUCAAAUAAUGAAUUUCAUGGACUUCCCCAUGAACCAAACGCAGUCAGAAAAGGGGGAGAGAAUAAUUCUCUCUCCAGGAAGCAGAGUGGAGUUCACGGACCAGCUUUUGAAAACAUUCUUUUCGUUUUUGCAAAAGGGAAAUUAUGAGAACAGACUCUCUCUUCUGUGUAAAGACUUCCCCAAAGACGUCACUGCGGAGAUGGGUUUUAUCCCAAAGGACAAAAUUCUGGAAAUUCUGAAAGUGGAUCAAUUUUUUACCUCUAUGACAGAAGACAAAUUGAUGAGCAUUUCUUCAAGUUUAAAGGAGACUAUGUAUCAUCUAAUCAAAAGCUUAUUUCUAUUAGACAAUGGAGAGUUUUCUUUUGAUAGUCAUCGAGGACUGCAGUUCAUGCGAGGUUUAUUUAAUGUGCUUCUACGGGAAACCUCGAUGAAAAAUAAGACUGGAACUAAUUUGGAGUUUCUUACACUGGUGAGUCAGUUGCUUUUCCAUACGAACAGUUCUGAGGACCUCUUCAAACUCAGCCACGACCUUCGGUCAGCUCUGCACCUUGUGAGAGAAACCUCAGUAGCGAUAGCAAAUCUGAGGGAUACUCUUUUACUCUCUUUCAAUAAGGACUUCCAUGGCUUGGAGCCUAUGCUCCAACAAGUUAUACUUGCUAAUCUAACAGAUUUGCUUUUCUUUGUAAAUACGUCAUUUCCUCUAAGAAACAGAGCCACAUUACAAAUUACUAAGAGAUUACUUGGUAUUGUCUCAAGAGCUGGUGGAGAAAGUCAGGUCCCGGAACCCCUCAUGGAAAUGUCUAAUACUCUGACCAUGCUGGUGAGUGACAUUGCUGAAAUGGAAGACCUUGUCACAUCCACAAACUCCAUCGUGAAACUACUUGAGCUAGCCAAGAAAGUUUCGGGGAAGAUGGUCUCUCUUUUUGAAACUCAUGUCAUCUCCAGUACCAAUGACACCAUGAAAUUCUUUGACACUCUCUAUUCCAUUUUGCAACACAGUGUUCAAAAUGUGAAUGAAAUAAGUACUUUGAAAAAAGUGGAUCAUUCGGUAUAUGAAAAUAUAAAUGACUUGGUGACUCCAUUUCUUGACUUGGCCUUUGGGAUGAUUGGGGUCAAACCUAAUAUUUCACAAGACUCUGACAUUUUCAAUAUGUCAUCUAACAUAGGCCAAUGUGUGAAUAAGUCCAAGGAUUUUUCUGAUAUUUUGAAAGAAAUUGCUGAAUUUUUAACUUCUGGGAAAAUUAAUUUGGGAGAUGUGGAGCAUUUUCUGGUAGCAGUUCAUAAUGGGACUCAAAUAUUUUCUAUGGAUUCUGUCAACAUAUGGGAAGAAAUCCUGGAUUGCUUAGUUCCUAUAAAUGACAUCACCAACCAGAUAGACUUGUUACAUCCUAACCCAAUUUCCUCUCGUAGUUUCUGUCAAGGUGCUCAUGAAGUCAUCCCGUCUUUGGGUGAAGUGCUGUCACAAAACAGCACAGAACUGGAGACUUUCUUGAGAAUGGUGAUUGAUCUCACCUUAGAAGCUCUUUGGAAUAACUUAGAGGAGAAUAAGGGGAAUGUUUUUAAUCUGUGGCUGACACUUGCUCGGCAUCCAAACACCCUUUGGAAAGCCGUGGAAAGAGUUGUCGAGGUCUCCAGAGGCGUGAGAGGUGGCAGCAGCCAUGAUUUGGGGGAAGCUUCGGUCCUCGCCCCGUCUCUGAGUCAGAACGCAGCUCCUGAGAAACCUGACGGCACGCCCCGAAGCGUGUUACCUCGAAUGGCUCUCCCACGGGCAGACCUCCUCAACCACUCUCAGUGGGCGAAUUCCACGAGAACUUCGUUUCAGCCCAUUUUGGAGGUUUUUAGCAAUGCAACCACUGGAAACAAGGUCACAUCAGGAAAGGAAGAGAAGACCGAGAAAGACGUGUUUGACUCUCCUUACACCUGCAACCCGUUGCCACAUUUCAAGAACUACGUGAAGGGACUGCUUGCAUUGAUUGAAUACUGGCAGGAAGUCCCCCUGACGCGUCAAAGUGUUGCUGAAAUGUGUCAGGGUUCCUGGCAGCCUGGGGAGCCUGCGGUGGCCGUCGCGACUCUGCAGAGAGUGAAGAUGCUGGUCCUGCGAGCCAUCCUCAUCCUUGCAGAAAACCCUUCCCUGGCCCAGGACGUCCUGUGUGCUGCUCUGAGCUACCCGCGCGGUGGCAUAAGGCGACUCCUUGUAUCCGGCCUGCGCGGGGUCGCUGCGGUGCGGGACCACUACCAGGAAAUAGAGAACAUCUGGUCCUCGCCCGGUCCCCUAGACUGUGAGGGUCUUAGCGGGAAGCUUGCCAGCGCCAUGGAACGCCUCAGGAGCCACUUGGAAACCGCCAGCACCCGGGACUGUGCGUGCGAGCCUGCCCUGGACGGGGACCCCCGGCAGGUGCACACGUUGGUCCAAAACCUCGAAAAGACUUUGUUUUCUGGGAAUCCGAUGAUGACUUUUCUUAGCAAUUUCACUGUAACUGCGGACGUGAAAGUAAAAGAUUUGAUGAAGAACGUCACCGACUUGACGGAAGCGCUGCGGUCUUCCAUCCCCCUCUCAGACGGCACUGUCAGCAGCAUUUUAGAAGCCAGCCUCGCCCACUCGCAGGUUCUCUCGAGUGCCCUCACCGUGGCUCUGUCUGGGCGAUGUGCCCAGGACGUUCUUGGUCUCCUGCUGGUGUUGCCUGGGGAUGAAGUAUCUUGGAAGGCAGCGAAGGAGCUGUGUGGCCUGCCCGGGGCCGAAGUGUUCGCUCUGAUCGUGUGCAUGAGCCGGAACCUGGACCUGCGGAAUUUCAUUUACAGAGCUCUGAUACCAGCCGAGGCCAGUGGCAUGCUCAGUUCCCUGCUGGACGUGGUCUCCAGGCUCAGCCGCCUGCUCCCCAAAGCCGGCCGCGUCCUGGAACACCUCCCCGAAUUUCUCCACACGUUGAAAAUCCCUGCCUUGCUGGACACGCCCGGCUUCCACCAGGCAUCCCGCAGUGGCCAGGCCCGAAGUACAGCCUUUGGUUCUUUCCAGUCUGUGAUGAAGAUGGUUUGCAAGGAGCAGGAGUCUUUCCUGAGCAACUCUCACGCGUUUAUUAACUUGCCCAGAGUUCACGAACUCUUGGGAGAUGACAAAGAAAAGUUCAACAUUCCCGAAGACUCAACUCCAUUUUGCCUGAAGCUUUAUCAGGAAAUUCUACAGUCUCCAAAUGGUGCUUUGGUGUGGUCCUUCCUGAAACCUAUACUUCAUGGAAAAAUACUGUACACACCGAACACCCCGAGGAUUAAUAAGGUCAUUCGGAAGGCUAAUUACACUUUCUUUUUUGUGGACAAACUGAAGACGUUGUCAGAAACGUUGCUGAAGGUAUCCAGCGCCAUUCAGGGCACCGGGAAUGGCCAGGCGCUCAACCAACUGCAGAAAGCCCUGGGAAACAAAUUUAUAAGAAAGUUUGUAGAAAGCCAGUUGCACAUCAGUGUGGACAAACUGACUGAAAAGCUACAGACAUACAGAAGGGUGCUGGGCAGGACGCUGAGCCACCUGGGCGCCGGGCGCCUCCACUUCCUGGGCCAUGUCUUGGCCAACCUGUCUUCGUGCGUGCGGCUGGACCGCUUCCAGGCGUUCGAGUCAACCGCCAUCCUGGAGGUGAAAGCACAGGCGCUCAUGCGGCAGAACAGCUUCCUGGCCAGUGUCAUAUUUAACAGCUCCUUAGCCGACGAGAACUUCAGAUCAGAGUCGCUGCCGCUGCCGCCUCACGUGACAUACACCAUCCGCACCAGCGCCUUGUACAGCAUGCGGACCGACUUGGUGAAAAACCCCUUUUGGAAGUUCCAUCCUCAGAGCCUACCAGCCGAUGGGUUUAAAUAUAACUACGUCUUCGUUCCGUUACAAGACAUGAUCGAAAGAGCCAUCAUCCUGGAGCAGACGGGCCAGGAAGCCGUGGAGCCGGCUGCGCAGGCACAGGCCAUCCCGUACCCCUGUCACCGCAGCGACCUGUUCUUGAACAACGUUGGCUUCUUUUUCCCCCUGAUCAUGAUGCUGACGUGGAUGGUGUCUGUGGCCAGCAUGGUCCGGAAGCUGGUUUACGAGCGGGAGAUCCAGAUAGAAGAGUACCUGAGGAUGAUGGGGGUGCACCCCGCGGCCCACUUCCUGGCCUGGUUCCUGGAGAACGCGGCCGUGGUGACCAUCAGCAGCGCGGCGCUGGCCGUGGUCCUGAACGCCAGCGGCAUCUUCGCCUACAGCAACCCCUUCGUCGUUUUCCUCUUUCUCCUGGAUUUCGGGGUGUCCGUCGUCAUGCUGAGCUACUUCCUGAGUGCAUUUUUCCGCCAAGCGAACACAGCCGCCCUCUGUACCUGCCUGGUGUAUAUGAUCAGCUUUUUGCCCUACAUCAUCCUGUUGGUUCUACACAACCAAUUAAGUGUCACCAUUCAGACGCUCCUGUGCCUCCUCUCCACGACCGCCUUUGGACAAGGAGUGUUUUUCAUUACCUUCCUGGAAGGGCAAGAGGCAGGAGUCCAGUGGGGGAAUAUGUACGAGUCUCCGGAUCACGUGGGCAUGGCGUUUGGCUGGAUUUGCUGGGUGAUACUGUUUGAUUCGGGCCUGUAUUUUUUAUGUGGAUGGUACCUGAGCAACUUGAUUCCUGGACGUAUUUUCUCUGGCAGAUCCAUGUUGACGGGACUGUACCCUCCCACUAAUGGAACCAUCAUCGUCAAUGGCAAGAACCUGCAGACAGACCUGGCCGCGGUCAGAAAGGAGCUGGGGGUGUGUCCUCAGCAGGACGUCCUGUUCGACACCCUCACCGUCCGCGAGCACCUGCUGCUCUUUGCUUCCAUAAAGGCUCCGCAGUGGAGCCGGGCUGAGCUACAGCAGCACGUGCACAGAGGGCGCCCCGUGAGGAUGGACCUGGAGGCGGCCCGCUCACCGAGGCAGCCUUCUGCCCUGGAGGUCGAUGGUGCGAAGGCCACGGCUGGCGCUACAGCUCUGAUACAGACCUAUGUCCCGCGGGCGUUUCUCAAAGCCAGCAGUGGGCGUGAGCUGAGCUACGCUGUCCCCAAGGACGCCGACCGAGCCUGCUUCAAAGGACUCUUCCAGGCUCUGGAACAGAACCUCCAUCGUCUGCACAUGACGGGCUACGGGGUUUCUGACACCACAUUGGAAGAGGUGUUUCUGAUGCUUUUGCAAGAUUCCCCAAAGCAAUCUGACCUCGCCCCGGGGCCCGAGCUGGACCCGCAGAGCCACCGGCCUCCAGAGUGUGACCCUGUCUACUAUGGCGCCUCUGCCAGGACCCCACCCGCACAGGGUGGGCCGCCGCCCCUUGCCCAGAUGGCCGCCCUCCUGAGCAAGCGGCUGUGCCACACGCGCCGGGCCUGGAAGGGCGCGCUGUCGAGCGUGCUGCUGCCCGUCCUCUUCGUGGCCGUGGCGAUGGGCUUGUUCAUGGUGAGGCCUUUGGCCAUCGACUACCCGCCCCUCAAACUGACACCUGGCCAUUACGAGAGGGCCGAAGCUUACUUCUUCAGCAGUGAGAGUGACGACAUGGGUCUUGCCCGCGUGCUUUUGCGGAAGUUUGAAGACCAGGGUUUGCUCUGCGCCGACCCACACCCGGACCUGAACAGUUCUUCCUGCUGGAACGUGGAUCCCUUUACUCACCCAAAAGUCCAGGGUUCCUGUGCCUGCCUGCCAUGUCCCAAUGGAAGCGUCGCGCCCCCCCACCUGAGCAGCCGCCUGGGCCACACGCUGCUGAACCUCUCAGCCCUCCGCCUGGAGGAGUACCUGCUGCUGCCGAGUGGAAAGCCCAGGCUUGGAGGCUGGUCCUUCGGAGUGCGAAUCCCGGGUCGCGUUCAAGAUGCAAAUUCAAGUAUAUCAAAACCCCAAACUCUGGCAAAGGUGUGGUACAACCAGAAGGGCUUCCACUCCCUACCUUCCUACUUAAACCAUCUGAACAACCUGAUUUUGUGGAGGCUCUUACCCCCUUCUGUGGACUGGCGGCAAUACGGAAUAACGCUGUACAGCCACCCGUAUGGAGGGGCCUUGCUGAACGAGGACAAGAUCCUGGAGAGCAUCCGCCAGUGUGGCGUCGCCCUCUGCAUGGUCCUGGGCUUCUCCGUCCUGUCUGCGUCCAUCGCAAGCUCCGUGGUGAGGGACCGGGUGACCGGGGCCAAGCGGCUGCAGCACAUAAGCGGCCUGGGCUACAGAACGUACUGGUUCACGAACUUCCUGUAUGACAUGCUCUUUUACUUGGUUUCUGUGGGCCUGUGUGUCGCCGUUAUCGUGGCCUUCCAGCUGACAGCUUUCACUUUCCGCGAGAACUUGGCAGCCACGGCGCUCCUGCUGGCGCUUUUCGGAUACGCCACUCUCCCGUGGAUGUACCUGAUGUCCAGGGUCUUCUCCAGUUCGGACGUAGCUUUCAUCACUUACGUCUCGGUGAACUUCAUCUUCGGCCUGUGCACCAUGCUGAUGACCACCAUGCCCCGCCUCCUGGCCAUUGUCUCCAGAGCUCAGAAUCUACAGGACAUCUACGACGUGCUCAGGUGGGCCUUCACUGUGUUCCCUCAGUUCUGCCUGGGCCAGGGCCUGAUCGAGCUCUGCUACAACCAGAUCCAGUACGACCUGACCCACACCUUCGGCGUCGACCCCUACGUGAGUCCCUUUGAGAUGAGCUUCCUGGGCUGGAUUUUCGUGCAGCUGGCCUUGCAAGGCUCGGCUGUCCUCCUCCUGAGGGUCCUGCUGCACUGGGACCUGCUGCAGGGGUGCAGGGGUCCCUCUGCCAUCCAAGGCACAGUCACAUCUUGUAAGGACACAGAUGUUGAGAAAGAGCAGAUGAGGGUGUUGAAAGGAAGAACCAGCGGAGACGUCCUCGUGUUAUACAACCUCAGUAAAAGUUACCAGGGCUUUUUCAAGAGGACCACUGCUGUGCAAGACAUCACUGUGGGCAUCGGGAGAGGGGAGUGCUUUGGGCUUCUGGGCGUGAACGGAGCUGGGAAGAGCACCACAUUCAAAAUGCUGAGUGGGGACGUCCCCCCGAGCUCAGGACAUGCUGUCAUCAGGACUCCCACAGGAGAGGACGUGGCCCUGUCCUCCGCUGGCCUGGCAGGGCUUCGUGUCGGCUACUGUCCGCAGCAGGACGCCCUGGACCAGUUCCUGACUGGGUGGGAGCACCUGCGUUAUUACUGCAGCCUGCGCGGGAUUCCAAAAGCGUGCAUCCCUCAGGUUGCUGGGGACCUGGUGAGGCGCCUGCACCUAGAAGCCCACGUGGACAAACCUGUGGUCACCUACAGCGGUGGCACCAAGCGGAAGCUGUCUGCAGCCCUGGCCCUGCUGGGGAAGCCAGACCUCCUCCUGCUGGAUGAGCCCAGCUCGGGGAUGGACCCCUGCUCCAAGCGGUUCCUGUGGGAAGCUAUAAUGAAGGAGGUUCGGGAAGGCUGUGCCGUGGUGCUGACGUCCCACAGCAUGGAGGAGUGUGAGGCUCUGUGCACGAGACUUGCCAUCAUGGUCAACGGAAGCUUCCGGUGCCUUGGGUCCCCCCAGCACAUUAAGAACAGGUGUGUUGCAUUUCACUUUGCACCCCGGCGCUGUGCAGAAGUUCCUGUGGACAAUGAAAGCCAGAAGCAAGCCCAUGGAGUUAGUGUUUUAAUCGGCAAGUCUGACCGGUACGAUGCUGAGACGUCAGCCAAGGGGCAGCAUCUUAAUUUACUGGAAUAUCACAUGCCAAAAAGACGGGAGUGCUUAGCUGACCUGUUCCGAGUUCUUGAGGACAAUAAGACCUUGUUGAACAUCAAACAUUACUCCAUUAACCAGACCACUCUGGAGCAGGUAUUUAUGGAACUUGCCGCCGAGCGGACGCCACCGCCUGCCCCAACCCCCGAUGGCGAGCAGCUGCCCCACUUGCCUGUCUAAGGCCCAGGAAGAUGUUUUAAGAGGAACCAAACCUUGGCUUUUGUUACAAUCAGUCCUCCCGGAGCAGAGAGGCGAGCGCGGGGAGAAGCUGGAAGACCCGCGCCAGGCAGGCACACGGCGCGCUCCCCAGCACUGUGGAAACUCGUUGUGAACUAGCGAUCCUCAGACUGAAAGGUCUUUCUUUCCUGCACACUUUUGGGGUGCUCCUCCAGCACACGCACUCUCUUAGCCAAGCCAAGGUGGCCCAGGUGUGACUGAAUCCGGAGUCCAGGCAGGUAGGCAGUUUGGGCCUGGACAGGCGGUCAGAGAUGGUCCAUUUCAAACAUUCCAUUUUGCUUUUAGGGAGCCUGAGGCCCCCAACAUUAAAAGCAUUACUGACUUAUUUGUAUAGAAAAUAGUACCUAGGGCUGUGUUCUAUUUUUUCAGCUUUUUACUAGAUAUGCUUACACGUGCCUAAAUAAAAAUUCAAUGAUUUAAAUGCAAACUUUUCCUUAUACUGGAUGACAUUUUAUGGUGUGACAUGAAAAAAAAGGCCACUUUUUUCUUCUAAAAGAUGCUUUUUAAUCAACAGUUUUUUAGUUAAUGCUUUAGCAAAAUUAAAUAAAUUGAACUGGGUACUCUGAAUCAUUUAUAAAAGUUUUAUCAGACUUUCACAGAUUAUGAUUUUAGAGGGGUAUAGAAAAAAAAUGAUGUGGACGUAUUUUCUUUUUAUUAAUUUGGAUUGUAAUUACCAUUUUCGAAUUAUUUAAAGCCAGUGUUUUUCAAGUGUUGGCUGUCCCAUAUUAGCUGUGUCAGCAGGUCCUGGGGCUUGUUAGAAUGCAGAUUCUCAGGCCUCACCCAGGCCGGUGAAUCGGAAACUCGGGCAGGAACCCCGCAAUCUGGCUUUUAAACAAGCCUCCCUGGAUUCUGACGCACAUUUCAGUUUGAAAACUGGUGAUCUAAGGAAAUGACUAGUUACCUUCUCAUUAUACAAGCAAAAUAAGCACAAUAUAUAGUAGAUAGGAUUACUUCUAACAUUUAAAAUUUUUUCCAAGAACUCUGUCACUCUUAGAAUUAUUGCCCUCAAAGUAUUUUCACAUUUAAAUGCUGAGAUGUGGCCUGAAAGGCUAUGGAAACCUGACGCCUUGCAUCUUGGGGUUGGUAAAAAUCCAUAAAUCUGUGUGUCUACUGCUGAAAAUAGUUUCCAGUGAGACAUUUAUGAGUUGAGAUAUUUCUCAACCUUCUCUGAAUAACAUUUUCUAAACUCUCAAUGGAGGACUGGAUUACUCAUUUUAAAAUUUAACCUUAUCCAAUUAAGUUUUUGAGUAAUAGUAGCUUGUGAUGAAAGGGAACCACUUUCUGGUGACAUUUCAUACUGAAGCAUGAUUUCUUUAAAAUCUAUCUUUCCUAAAUGAUCACUUUAUACUAGAGUUAUUUUUAUAUUAUAAGGAUUAAGCUGAUUGUAGAUAGUGUUCAUUGAAUGAUUCGAUCCACAUGAACUGUACUUUCUUAAAGGAAUUAGAGUUUUAUGAUUUUCCCUCCAAUACUAAUAUUGUCUCAUUGUCAGAAUGGAAGUUGUAAUCGUUUGUCAUUGUUGUUGAAUCAGUAAAUAAAAUUUGUCAGACACGAAUGUGUUUAUACUGCAGUGAAUA